CAUGAGAAGGGACAAAUUCCCGAAGGAAGCAGGAAAUCACUCCCAACAAAAAUCGAUUAUCCACCCAACGGAAUCUAUUCUUUUUGAAAAGUGAUCAUUUCUUCGUUCCUUCUUUUUCUUUCAUUCAUUCAAAGGAGAAGACCCUGUGAAAGAAGAAGAAGAAUCUCACUCAAGAAAUCAACCAUCUCUGUAGUUUGAUCUUUGAACGAUGGAGGGUGUGAAGAAUCUGUUGAGGCCCAAACCAAAUCCUCAGCAGCAAUUGAGGGAUUGGCAGAGACGCCUUCGUCAAGAAUGCCGAAACGUCGAACGUCAAAUCCGCGAUGUUGAGAGAGAGGAGAAAAAUGUUCAGAAAGCGAUUCGGGAGGCUGCGAAGAGAAAUGAUAUGGUCUCGGCAAAGGUUUUGGCUAAGGAGAUUGUGAGAUCAAGACGAGCUGUCAAUCGUCUGCACGAAAAUAAAGCACAACUAAAUUCAAUUUCUAUGCACCUUGGUGAAAGUGUUGCAACUGCCCGAACAGUAGGACAUCUGUCUAAGAGUGCUGAGGUCAUGAAGCUUGUCAAUGGCCUUAUGAAGGCUCCAGAAGUUGCUGCUACCAUGCAAGAAUUCAGCAAAGAAAUGACCAAGGCAGGGGUGAUUGAAGAGAUGGUAAAUGAUGCCGUUGAUACUGCAUUAGAUUCAGAAGACAUUGAAGAGGAAAUUGAAGAGGAAGUAGAUAAAGUAUUAACUAGCAUAGCUGGGGAGACUGCUGCACAACUUCCAGAAGCUGUCAGAAGGAAAGAGAGAACAAAACAACCUGCAAGUGCGGAAACCGCACAGGAGCAAGAAGCUAUCGCAGAGGGUGUUGAUGAUGAAGAAGAACUAGAAGAGAUAAGAGCACGCCUCGCAAAAGUGAGAUCAUAGCUUUUGCAGAUGGUGCUAUGGUACCUUAGCAGUGGUAUAAAGAAUAGUUUGUAUCCUAUAGUUUAUAAUCCAACCAGUCUUUUUCAAUGAACAGUGUCUCAGAGAUUACAUCAAAUUGUAUGUGAUCGCAAAAGCUGUCUUAUGAUAUAUAUACCAAACAACCAUUAAGCUAUGUUAUGGCCAUAUUAAAAUAGCAUUCCUUAUAUGGGAAAUGGUUUCACGUUGU